CGGGGGACGGCGUGGGCGCCCAGGUCGUUCCCAGCCCGUUCUCGCGUCCUCGCCCGGGUCCUGCUGGCAUCCCGGGGGACGGAAGCCGCGGCCCGGCCAACUCCGAGGCAGGGACGCCGUGCCGGGAACUUAAGGCCCGAGAGGGAUGUGAAGGCCCAAAAUGACCCUCUUACCGGGAGACAAUUCUGAUUACGACUACAGCGCCCUGAGCUGCGCCUCCGACGCCUCCUUCCACCCCGCCUUCUUCCCCCAGAGUCAGUCCCUCAAGGGCGUCUUCUAUCGCCGGGCCCAGCGGCUGCGGCCGCAGGACGAGCCCUUCCAGGGCGGCCAGCCCGAGGACCGCCGCCGGCGGAUCAUCAUCAACGUGGGCGGCAUCAAGUACUCGCUGCCCUGGACCACGCUCGAGGAGUUCCCGCUGACGCGGCUGGGCCAGCUCAAGGCCUGCACCAACUUCGACGACAUCCUCAACGUGUGUGAUGACUACGACGUCACGUGCAACGAGUUCUUCUUCGACCGCAACCCGGGCGCCUUCGGCACCAUCCUGACCUUCCUGCGCGCGGGCAAGCUGCGCCUGCUGCGGGAGAUGUGCGCACUGUCCUUCCAGGAGGAGCUGCUCUACUGGGGCAUCGCCGAGGACCGCCUGGACGGCUGCUGCAAGCGCCGCUACCUGCAGAAGAUCGAGGAGUUCGCCGAGAUGGUGGAGCGCGAGGACGUGGACGACGUGCCGGACAGCGAGGGCCCCGACAGCGAGGGCGCGGCCGAGGGCGAUGGCCGCCUGGGCCGCUGCAUGCGGAGACUGCGCGACAUGGUGGAGAGGCCGCACUCGGGCCUGCCCGGCAAGGUGUUCGCCUGCCUCUCAGUGCUCUUUGUCACGGUCACCGCCGUCAACCUCUCCAUCAGCACCUUGCCCAGCCUGAGGGAGGAGGAGGAGCAGGGUCAGUGCUCCCAGAUGUGCCACAACAUCUUCCUUGUGGAAUCAGUGUGCGUGGGCUGGUUCUCCCUCGAGUUCCUCCUGCGGUUCAUCCAGGCGCCCAGCAAGUUCACCUUCCUGCGGAGCCCGCUGACGCUCAUCGACAUGGUGGCCAUCCUGCCCUACUACAUCACCCUGCUGGUGGACGGCGCCGCCGCAGGCCGACGCAAACCCGGCGCGAGCAACAACUACCUGGACAAGGUGGGGCUGGUGCUGCGGGUCCUGCGGGCUCUGCGCAUCCUGUACGUCAUGCGCCUGGCCCGCCACUCCCUGGGGCUGCAGACGCUGGGGCUCACCGCCCGCCGCUGCACGCGCGAGUUCGGCCUUCUGCUGCUCUUCCUGUGCGUGGCCAUCGCCCUCUUUGCUCCCCUCCUCUACGUCAUUGAGAACGAGAUGGCCGAUAGCCCCGAGUUCACCAGCAUCCCCGCCUGCUAUUGGUGGGCCGUCAUCACCAUGACGACUGUGGGCUACGGGGACAUGGUGCCCAGGAGCACGCCGGGCCAGGUGGUGGCGCUCAGCAGCAUCCUCAGCGGCAUCCUCCUCAUGGCCUUCCCGGUGACCUCCAUCUUCCACACCUUCUCCCGCUCCUACCUGGAGCUUAAGCAGGAGCAGGAGAGGGUGACCUUUCGAAGGGCCCAGUUCCUCAUCAAAACCAAGUCGCAGCUGAGCAGCAUGUCCCACGACAGUGACAUCUUAUUUGGGAGUGCCUCCUCAGACACCAGAGACAACAACUGAGCCCAGGGGACACAUCCCGCCGCCGCCACCACCAAGACAUCCCCAGCCCUGCCUGCCUUCGUGGCCUGAAGCUACUGCCAUCCCUACACAAGCCCUCAAAGGCACAUGCUGCUUAUAAGUGCGGCCCUGGCGUGGGACGGAUACGGGCCACACCCUGGGGAGGACAUCCGCACAUCCGCAGGAGGGUCCCUGGCCCUCUCCGUCAGGAGGUGAAGUGGAAGCUGGUCAGGAGCCCGGCACACAGCCGGGAGGGUCCCCCCACGCCCCAGCCCCCAUGCCUGUUUCCCUCCAUGCAGAGAUGGCUUGUCCUUUCCACCAUGUACAUCACAUGCCCAGCAAAGACUUGCUUUGUGGGUCUUCCUGGAGAAAAAAAUACAAACCAGCAGCAACAUGUCUGUCUUUAGUGUGGUUCACAUGUAAUUAAAGAAAACUGAUGAAAAAGAAGGAAAAUGCCUUCUGCGGGCCCUGUUAAGAAACACAACUAACUGUGUUUUCCAGCAGAGCAGGCCAGGGUGGGGCCUGGAAGUAAAAGGGCCUGAUUGUUGGGUUGUUCAGGCCUGGUAGGGGGCGGUUCAGUGCAGGGGGGAAAAGGGCGACAACAGAUAUGUCAGGGGCAUUGCCAGAGAACGCUGCAUUCCCUCUCCUGUUUCUCUUUGAUUCCUCCCACCGCAGGCCUCUCUUGGUCCCUUUUUCAUUCUCUCCCUUCCUCUAAUCUCCUCUUUUGCACCUUGAAGCUCUCAAACUUUCCCCCCCACCAAGGAACCCCUAACAGUUAAAUGGACACCAAGGGCCUAUCACCUCUGCUAACUACAAAGGUUAAAUCACUUCAUUUUAUCUUUAAAACUUAGUGUGGAUUUUUUCUCUACUCCACGUUUAUUUUACUAUUUGGAAAAAAAAAAUGCUUUAAAUCAUUUAGCUGAAUCUAAAGCUAAGCCUACAGAGGGGCUGGUGCUGUGGAAAAGUGGGCCAUGGUUGCCCGGGCAACCUGAGAAGCACAGUCUGAAGCCCCCAAAGGCCUCCCUAGGCCUCCCAAAGAUGGACAGAGCACCCACCUGACCAGGAGCUAUACCAGAUUCACAUUGCAUAGGUGACCCACAAAGGAAGGACCCCCCCGGCCUGUGCAGCAGGUUUGCUCAGCCCUCAGGGAUCAGAGCCCCUCAGUGCCAGCAUGGGGAGGGGCCUUCACCCCAAGGUUGCAUCACAAGCACGCCCUCACCCUCACCGUCCGGAGCCCCUCCUGCUUUGGCCACACUCACCCACUCUGAUAAACAGAAGGCACACCCUAAACCAAAUCCGUGCUCACUAUUUCCUGCCUCAGCCCACCAGGGGCUGUCAGUACAUGGAGAAUGAAACCCACACGCCCUGCAUGGCCUGGGCCCUGCCCUCCUGUGCAGCUGCAUCUCGCCCCUAUUCUGCUCACUCCGUCCAGCCACACUGGCCUCUGUACUGCCCUGCUGACAAGCCCAUUCCCGCCCUUACAUCUGCAGGUCCCUCUGCCAGGAAUGCCCUUCCCACAGAGCAUGCUGUGGCUGCUCCUUCCCAUCACCUCCUUGACCGCCUCUCCAGGGAAUCCAGCCGACAGGUCCCCCACUGCUCACUCUCCGGCCCUGCUUGAUCUUCAGCCAUGUGCUGACCUCUGACAUUGCCUCACUUAUUUCUUGCUGCUCUGUUGUGGGCUAUCUCCUGCAUAGGGAGGUUAGUGCCAUGCUGGCCCUGUGAGGCCCUACUCAGUAAUCCUGGCUCACCCCUGCCUCCCAGUACCUAGUAGGUGCUCAGUAAGCAUUUGUGGAAUGAAUGAAUGAGGGGAAACAGGAGAAAGGGCCAGAAAGUAGAAAGGCGUUUGCUUUUCACCUUGGGUGCUGAGGCCCCUGAGCAUCUCUCCCUCCCUCUCUGGUGGGGAGGCAUGGCUAUCUCAGCAUGGUUUGCAUGCAGGGAUGCAGAGCGGAAAUAUCAUUUGGAGUCCCAACGGCCUUGUUAAAGGUUCCCCUGACACCUGCUUCCAGUGACUCACACCUGAAAAGUAAGUUUUCUAACUAAUCAGCUCUACGUUCAUCUGCCCGGUGGAUGUCACAGUGAUCAGGUACUGCCGUCGUGGUAAUCACACCUUCGAUUGAUGGAGUGACCUUUUUCCCCUCCAAAGUGGCUGCAAGAGACAGCAGACAACUGAAAAUGCUGAACACACUGAGGCAUGACACCGAAAGAGGUAUCAACAGAGUGCUUUAAAACCCAAGGGAGUGGAAGGCCAGUAGCAUUUGGUGUGGAGGAGGGAGCCCCAAAUGGGGCAGCACUGGGAGGGAAGCUGUGUUCCCACAGAGGACACAGGCUGAGCUUGUGCAGAGGAGGAGUUGGGGUCACUGAAGGGUCAAGAUUUCUGGCAUCUUCCUGCACAGACUCUGACCAGUGCUGUUGGCCCAGGCAGAGGCCCUAACAGACUCAGGUACCUCUGAGACCUCCCCUGAAAGCCAAAGAGGCUGUAGAUACUGACCUGCACACCCAGAGGGGGCCUUAUGGGCCCUUGGCCCUAACCAAGAGCUAGGGAGCCUCAGAACACCGAAUUAGCUGCUUCUAGGUCUGUGAUCAACUUUAUGGUUAUGUCUUUUCCUCUUUUUUUUUUUUAGCAAUGUGAAGCUGAUGCAGACAGCCCAGCUAUAAAUCAGACUGAGUAAGAGCUGUUCUGAUGGACAUGCGGUGGCUCAGUUCCUGCCCUUUCCCGAAUGGGGCCUCCCUCUUGACCCCAGUAUAGUCAGUUAGCUCCUUACAACCCAGAUGCAUGUGAAAAUCACUGCUCUGGGGGAAAUAGCAAAACUGACCUUGCAAAAUUUGUUUUAUUUUUCUAAGUUACAUGGUUAUCUCGCAUUGCUGAUCUAACUCAGCAUUUCUGUAAGUGGGGGGUUUGGGAAGGCUGAUUUAACACUACAGGUUCUAAGGUCCCAUCUCUGAACAGGGUCAGGACUUCUUGCCUUGAGCAUAGAACGUAAGGGGGAACCAAAAAUAACUCAAUUAUCAACGUAAUUCAUAUUUUAAUGCAUUGCCUUUUAAAAUUGAAAUGAAUGCCCAAAACCCACAAUGAACAAAGUAUCAAAAUUUUCAAUAAAGUCACGAUCUGCCUUUGCACUUGUGUGAUUCGGCGCCGCUUGCCUCUCCCUAGUUCUGGGCCCGUCCUGUCCCCCCUGCCAGACAGCUCCAGUCAGCCAAGGGCAGGUCUCCCAACAAGGGCAGGUGGGAGCCUUUCACACCUGGCACCCCAUCCCACCGAAGGGGCUCAGGGAAGCCACCACCUCCCCCCCCUUACAGCCGUGAGUGUUGUUCCAGAACGAGACCCUGCCUUCACAGGACCCACGGUGACAGGGUCACCUGGCAGAAAGUAACUGGGGUCAGGGGAGGUGGAGAGCAACCACUCGAGAGAGUCAGGGAAGGACUGAAGAGGUGGCAUUUCAGUGGGGACCUCGGGGGGUGGGCAGCCGUCCAAGCAGAGGAGACAGCCAGUGCAAAGACCCGAAGUAGGAAACACGUGGACAUUCUACCAGCUGCCAAAGGAGCAUAUGACACAGAAACAGGUCCCUGCUGGGAACAGCCUUCCUCCCGGGGAGAAAGCUCAGAUCUGCAAAACAGACGGUCUUUGAACAAACAUUUCCAGAGACCUUAUUCAGAAAGAGGCACCAUCACAGCAGCAGGGACCAAACAAACAGAAAC